UUUUUCCCCUUCCCCUUUUUGCAAAAUUGCUGCUGGUGGGGUGAGCCAGGAGGAAAAUGCCGCAGCUGAACGGCGGUGGAGGGGACGACCUGGGCGCCAACGAUGAACUGAUCUCUUUCAAAGACGAAGGGGAGCAAGAGGAGAAGAUCUCCGAGAACUCCUCGGCCGAGAGGGAUUUAGCUGAUGUCAAAUCGUCUCUCGUCAAUGAAUCAGAAACGAAUCAAAACAGCUCCUCGGACUCGGAGGCGGAGCGGCGGCCCCCGCCUCGCUCCGAAACUUUCAGAGAUAAAUCCCGGGAAAGUUUGGAGGAAGCUGCGAAGAGGCAAGAUGGAGGGUUGUUUAAGGGCCCACCAUACCCGGGUUAUCCCUUUAUAAUGAUCCCCGACCUCAGCAGCCCGUAUCUGCCCAACGGAUCGCUCUCUCCGACGGCGAGGACGUAUCUGCAGAUGAAAUGGCCACUGCUUGAUGUUCAGGCAGGGAGCCUUCAGAGUAGACAAGCCCUCAAGGAUGCUAGGUCUCCAUCUCCAGCACACAUUGUUUCUAACAAAGUGCCAGUUGUGCAGCACCCGCACCAUGUACACCCUCUUACGCCGCUUAUCACAUACAGCAAUGAGCACUUCACACCAGGAAACCCUCCUCCACACUUACCAGCCGACGUAGAUCCAAAAACAGGAAUUCCAAGACCUCCACAUCCUCCAGACAUAUCUCCUUAUUAUCCCCUAUCACCAGGCACUGUAGGACAAAUCCCCCAUCCGCUAGGAUGGCAAGGUCAGCCAGUGUACCCAAUCACGACAGGGGGUUUCCGCCACCCUUACCCAACAGCUCUGACCGUCAAUGCUUCCAUGUCAAGCUUUCUCUCCUCUAGGUUUCCUCCACACAUGGUCCCGCCACACCAUAGUUUACAUACAACUGGAAUUCCUCAUCCGGCCAUAGUCACACCAACAGUCAAACAAGAAUCUUCCCAGAGUGACGUCGGCUCACUCCAUAGCUCAAAACAUCAGGACUCCAAAAAAGAAGAAGAGAAAAAGAAGCCACACAUAAAGAAGCCCCUUAAUGCUUUUAUGUUGUAUAUGAAAGAGAUGAGAGCAAAAGUUGUAGCAGAAUGCACAUUGAAAGAGAGUGCAGCCAUCAACCAAAUCCUCGGUCGAAGGUGGCAUGCGUUAUCCAGAGAAGAACAAGCAAAGUACUAUGAACUGGCAAGAAAGGAACGACAGCUUCAUAUGCAGCUGUACCCGGGCUGGUCCGCACGGGAUAACUAUGGAAAGAAGAAGAAGAGGAAAAGGGAUAAGCAGCCAGGAGAGACCAAUGAACACAGCGAAUGUUUCCUAAAUCCUUGCCUUUCACUUCCUCCGAUUACAGACCUGAGCGCUCCUAAGAAAUGCCGAGCGCGCUUUGGCCUUGAUCAACAGAAUAACUGGUGCGGCCCCUGCAGGAGAAAAAAAAAGUGCGUUCGCUACAUACAAGGUGAAGGCAGCUGCGUCAGCCCACCCUCUUCAGAUGGAAGCUUACUAGACUCUCCUCCGUCCUCCCCCGCCAUGCUCGCCUCCCCCUCCAGAGACUCAAAACCACAGACUGAACAAACUCAACCCCUCUCGCUCUCCCUGAAGCCUGACCCGCUGGCGCACCUGGUCAUGAUGCCGCCGCCAUCCUCGCUCGUCCUCACCGAGAGCGCUGCGAGCAAGCCCGGCGCCCUGCCUGCCGCCAGCUGCCCCAACGGGGCCCUGGACCACGCGCCGGCAGCCCUCCCGCCGGCUGCAUCCCUCGCACAGCCCUCCACCUCCUCCCUACAUUCCCACAGCUCACUGGCGGGGCCACAGCCCCAGCCGCUCUCCCUCGUAACCAAGUCCUUAGAAUAGCUUUAGCCUCUGUCGCUCUUUUGGUUUCCCUCGGGGGUGGUUGGAUUCUGUUGGGAUUUGGGUUUUGUUUUGGUUUGUUUUUCCUUUUUUUUUUUUUAAUUUUUCUUUCUUUUCUUUUUUUUUUUUUUUUUUUUUCCUCCUCCUCGUCGUCGUCGUUGUCCACCGUUCGUCGUCGUUUCUCGGUUUCGUUUCCAGUUCGUGCCACAUGGCUACAUUAGUUGAUGUUUUAUCGAGUUCAUUGGUCAAUAUUUGACCCAUUCUUAUUUCAAUUUCUCCUUUUUAAAUAUGUAGAUGAGAAAAGCCUCAUGAUUCUGCCAAAAUUUUUAUCAACAGCUGUUUAAAGUCUUUGUAGCGUUUAAAAAAUAUAUAUAUAUACAUAAUUGUUAUGUAGUUCCAAUAGCUUAGUUUUAAAGACUGAUUUUAAAAAUUGAAAAAGGAAAAAAAAAAAAGAAAAAAAAAGAAAAAAAAAAAAGAAAAAAAAGAAGCAAUUUUCAAGCAGCCCUUGCCGGAGGCAUUGGUUCUUUAUUAUUUGUAUUAAAUACGAGCUUGCGAACCAAUCAUUUUCCAUCUGGUUUUUAAACCUUUGUGGGCACAGUGAAUGCAGUGCCGCUAUUACUUCUUCUUUUUUUUUUUUUUUCUUUUUCUUUUUUUUUCUCCUUCCUGGUGUGAAACAACCUUUAUUGUGAUGUUACUUGUUAUUGUUUAAAUGUACAGAAACAAAGGGGUUAAAAAGAAAAAAAAUAAUGUGUUAAUAUACCUUGUUCCAUGGUGUUGUUCUUUUCUGGGGGAGGGAAUGCUACUCAACAAUUAAAAGUAUCACAACGCUAUUGGACCAGUAGUAUUUAUUGCUUUAGAAAUUGCUUGUUGUAUCUGUAUGUUGUCCCUUUUUAAAUGUUUUUUUUUCCUCUUUUUUUUUUUUCUUUUUUUUUUUUUCUUGAAACAUUGUAUAAAGUUUUUUGCUUUUUGGUUGGUUUUUUGUUUGUUUGGGUUUUUUUUUUUUUGCCCUUAGUGUAAGCAUCUUAUAUAUAACAACUCAUUUGUACAAGGUUUUUAAGUUUAUAUAUAAAUGUGUAUAUAUAUAUUUUUUCCAGGAUUUUUUUUCUUUUGUUUUUUCUUUUUUGACUUCUUUUUGUGAUUUUUUUUUUUCUGUAUGAAACACAGUUGCCACCAAAUGGACAUUUGCAGAUGCAUUUUUCAAGAAUCAGUAGUGUAAAAAGAAAAACAACCAACCAGAAAUCGCUUUAAAAGCCAUUACACACACACACACAUACACACACACACACAUACACACAAUAAAGAGACUUGAAAACUGAGCAAGGGAAUUUUUCACAACACUGAAAAUCAGCAAGGUCCAAGUGUGUCCCCGUUCAGAACUGCAGCUGGAUCCCCUGCGGCAUUAAGACUGUAGGCUGUGUGCAAAAUCUCCGUGUGCCAAAAUUCUCAGUGACUUUCAACUUUCUCCCAACAACUUUAUUAUUUUAUUAUUAUUAUUAUUAUUAUUAUUUUUUAAUGCUGUAAUUUUUUCUGUUCAUCCUGUUUUGCUGUGAUGUUACAUAGGUAGAUAUGUAUGUAGUUUUAAUGUCACCUAUAACAGACGUGUUUGGUAGCAGAUUGUCCGGAAAGCAUUUAAAAUGAAGAGGUAUAAACCCUUAAGGGCCAAAUUCUGUAUAUUAGAUUAUUCAUAAAAGGAAAAUCAGACUGCCACUUUUAUGUACACUUACUACAUACAGGUAGGUAGCAAAGUUAAAACAUUAAAAAAAAAAACAAAAAAAAAAACACAAAAAAAAACCUAGGCAUGUUGAUGUUGCAAAGAAAAAACGCUGUAUAAAGCUGAAAAAUUGUUCAUCUGUUCAUUCAGUGCCAUUGUAGUUGACAUGAAGCGAUUGUAAAACUGUCUCAGAUUUUCUCUGGUUUAUUAAGAUGCUAACUAUAACAUUUUUUGUGAAUACUUUGAAUGUUUCCUAACAGUUGUGAUGUUACUGUUCCGUUUUAUGCUCUUAUUCCGAUUUUCAUUUUUAAUGGUUUGGAAGCCAUUUUUUUGUAAUGAAUAAAUGUUCAUGCUGUACAGUAUCUGUAGCAUGCAGUUCUGGAUUAAUAAAAGCAACUUAGUAUGUGCAGAGAA